AUCUUUUUUUUUUCAUGAAUGAAUUCCUGGAAUCAGCGCGGAUGCACGAAUCGCAGAGAAGGUCAGGGACGCGUUUGACUGGGGGAGAAGCCGAUAAGUAGGAUAGCGAUCCCAGCAACCGACUAUCGUCUUAUCAUUUCGGUCUCAGCUGUUCGCCCCACGCAGCGCAUCUCCCGAUUCUCGGAAGGACCUCGUAAAAAUAUCAUACAGGAUGCGAACCGCCCGCUACAGCGACCUGUUAUGCUGCUGCCACAAGGACUCGCAUUUCGGUCCUUCAUCUCUGGGAUGCACAUGCUACACGAUUCAUGGAAACGCAAAUCAAAACAUUUCACGUUCGAUACACCCACAUUUCUCUAUAUACAGAGCAGCGGCCCCGCCGCGAACGGAAUUACUCGGGAAUUCUAUCGACAAAUCCCGCGACCAUCUCCCGUUGGCUGGCGCAGACAUUAUCAUCACAUUAACCGUACUACAGAGAGAAAGGAAGAGGAAGAGAGAGAAGAAGAGCUGGUCCAGCCCGGUCCCAGACAAUCCAGCGACGGUUCCUGUCCUACUGACGCUGCUUUCGGAGAGAUGAGGAGAAGAGGAAAGAGGAAAAAAGCGGAGAAAGAGAGAUAGAGGGAGAGAUGGAGACUCGAUGGGUACAAAGACCCACCAGACGGUAGUACUCGUUUCUUUCUGUUGCCUUUCAUCCUUCCCGGCACUUCCUUCCCACCGUCUACUCUCUACCUUCUCCUUCUUCUUCUCUUUCUUUCUCUCCCUCUGUACCUUCUUUUUCUUCUUUCCUUUCAUCGCGCACGGCACUUCCAUCGCUCGAAUCGGAAUUCCGUUCGCGAUCAUCGACUUAUCCACAAAAUCAAGUACGUGGUUCCAGGGAUGUGAG